UUUUUUGUUUUUAUUUUUUUGUCUCGUACUCGGUUUAUUUCUUUUUUCGUCGAGAUAGUUGUUGUCGCCGAAAGCGUAGCGGUGUUUCGAUUAGCUUCGAUAACGCCACCAUGGCCUUCUGGUUCCACAGAAACCCUUUAAAAGCGACGGCUCCCGUCAACUUCGACCUCAAGAUGCUUGCCAUGGACAGCCAAGCGCUCAAAUUGUGCAGCGACCUGCGGCAGGCAAGAAAUCACCUGCUAGACCUGCUCACGGACCCGGGCAACGACGUGGGGACGGUGGAGACAUCCCUCAACGCCUAUCUGUCUCUCUUCGUGGGCCUCCUCCUUGCCCCCGACGAGAAGGGUGGCGAGAGCAAGCUGAGGAACUCGCUCCGCUUCCGCUGGACCCAGAGCAUGCUUGGGAACUCCCCGCUGGUCCAGUCUGAUGCAGUCUUCGAGCUCGUUUCCAUCUGCCAAAAUGUGGGGAUUUGGCACAUGAAACGUGCCUCCACAGUGGCUGCCAAAGAAGACAUCAACAUGGACGAGGCUAAAGACGUUCACAAGUGUCUGAGGAAAGCGGCGGGCUUCUUCCAAGCAAUGAAGGACAAAUACGUUGGACAGCUCCGGGAGCAGCCAGUUCCUGGGUCUGACCUGGACUCCCGCGUGGUGUCUGCGUACACCAACCAGUGCACCGCAGAAGCACAGGAAGUGACAAUCGGCAGAGCGAUCGAGAUGAAGCAUGCACCGGGACUCAUCUCUGCCCUUGCGCAUGAGACAUCCAAGAUGUAUACCUCUGCAGCGGACUCCCUCGCCGGACUGGAGCCGUCCAAGUUUGGGCGGUGGAGGAAGUUUCUCAUCCUCAAGGCCGUCUUCUAUCUCUCCUACGCCUACUGCUAUGCUGGCGAGAACCUCCUGGCUCAGGAGAAAUGUGGAGAAGCCAUCAGGGCACUCCAGGAGAGCCACAAAUGCUACCAGGACGCAGUGCAGAUCUGCAAGCAGUAUGCCGGCAUGAAGGGGCCUGGCACCACGGCCAGGCUGGACCAGCACCUGUUCUUCCGCAAGCUGGCCCCCCUCGUCAAACGCACCCUCGACAAGUGUGAAAGGGAGAAUGGAUUCAUCUUCCACCAGAAGGUGCCCAAGGACGCACCCGAGCUAGAGCUGAGGGCUACGUACGGCCUCGUAAGCCCCGAGGACUUCCAGCUGCCCCCCCACGACAAGGCCUGGACCCCCGUCGUGUACGCGGCCUUCUACGUCCCGCCGCCCGCCGGUCCUGACCCCGGGAACUCGAAAGCGGCGAUCAAGGCCGAAGGCGACCUUCCGGCGGUGCAGGAGAAGAGUGUGUCCCACUCUGCGGCGGACCCCAAGACGUCGAGCGGGUGCGUUCUCCAGUGAAGAAAGAACUCGCUAUCAACACGGCCAGGAUGGCCGACAUAAAGAGUUUCCUCUAAUAUAUAUAUAUAAAUAUAUACAAUACUGUAUAAAUAAUGUGUGCUCCGAACCUAACUCGUGCCCAGUGUGCGAUUUGUAGGGGCCGGUUGCCGUUUUCGAGCACUGUCCACCCCCUUCGAGUGUUUGAUGGUCAUCAAAUGGAUUCUACCAGUGCGCGAGGUUAGCUUACAUUUUUUUGUUCUUGAGCAGAAUGUCAACUGUAGCUUGUCCCCGUUUGGUUCAGCGCUCGGCGAAGUCUAAAGCCUGCUCGACCAACGACGUCGGUAUGUCGAACUGCAAUCUUUGGACAUUGUGCAGCAAUUCAGCACGUUCCAUUGGGGGAGUCGACUCGCCUCUGCUAAACGACUCAUCGAAGCGGAACGCGCUUCAAUCUUUACAUGGAGGAACGACGUUCCGUGCCGACAUUACCAGGCUAGUCCAGAAAACUUGCGGUUGAGCAAGCCACAUUUUAUGUGUAAAGCCUUUUUUGGAUGUCACUUUUUCUUAUAUUCGUUUUUUAUCGCUGGAUUUUCCUCGGCCGCCAGUUUAUCCUCGAGUUUUGACACAUCCGGCAUGCAAUAAUGUGGCUCGCAGCCACAAUUUUAGCAACUCUGAAUUAUUAGUGCCACUUGGCAGGAGCACUCCUUCGUCACUUUACCAGCAUUUGUGCUUUCCCCGUUUCCGAUGUUCUUGCGGUUUCCUCUGCUGAAAGGUUACAAGGAAGCAUUUCUUACUACCAUACAAGCAGGCAGCUAGAUGGAAGAGCCACCUUGUUGUUAGCUCGCUGCUGUUGCACAACUUCUAGAAUUUUCUCGUCUGCAUCUGCGUGUCUGUGCAUGUGUGUUGUUUGUACCCCUGCCCCACUUCAUAUGCAUGCCAGAUCUUUGAUUUUGCUGAAAAUGGGUUGUGACGCUGCGAUUCUGAAAGCUUUCGCCAAAGCUGGAGCCUCUUUGUAACUGGUGCUUUUAAAGGCCGAUGACCAGUUUGCACUUUUCACUUUCCCCCGCUUCCUCCCCUCCAUCUUUCUACCCUGUCCAUCGUUUCCUAUUUCCUCCUCCCCAUGAUGAGGAGGAUCUUCUGCCUUGCAGAAUCUCGAGUCUGGUCGUCGGCCUUUAAGUGCAACAUUGCUUUUUGUAACCGUUCAACUUCACAAUCUUAUGUACGCUGCACAACAUGUUAGCAUGAAUGCAACAUCCACGGUAUUUUUUCUGCUGUGUUUUACCGAUAUAGUUUAGUAGCAAACAAAACAUUUUACUGCUCAAUUUGGAGGUUUUUCUCAGCACUUUUAAUACCAUACUGGUAUUUUUGAUGACAUUGUUUCAGCAGGGAGAUAAACAGAAAAACAAACUCGGAACUGCGUCGUGCUCUGUACAGCUGGGAAUGGACGACGUGCUAGAUAUUUUUCUUCCCAUUAUACUCAAGACGUUUACUAGUAAUAUUUUUGCUCGUCCUGGGAUCUAAUCCAUACGUCUUGCAAAGAUGUAGCACGCUGUUUGCUUGUGGCAGUAUUAACACCACCGUGAAUCUCGUGAAAGCAGAAAGGACCACACUGCUGUUGUAGACUUAGGAAGCCGCUGUUCCCUCGGCGUGCAGAGUAUUUUUGGCUACCCCAGGUUCUCUGUGUAUUCUGCUUCCUAGUCGGGUGCAACAUCUGAAUUAAAAGCCCUCGAGCAGCCAUUAUUUGAAGCUUUUCUUGUUGUACCAUAGAAGUGGUACUAGAAUGUGCGUCUGCUAGGACGAACUAACUUUGUCUAUACAGUGGAACCUCCACGUAGUAAAGGAAAAGGUAUUGAUGACGUGAGCUGCAUGUCGUUGCAAUGAAUACACUGGUAUAGUGAAGCCGUUGUUUUCUUUCUUAACGAGCUGGCUACUGAACAGGUUCCACAGUACAUCUCUAUGUGCAUAUGCAGACUAAAGCUGACCGCAUAGAUGCAAACGCUAUUUUUGUACGGCAUGAGGCAAAGAAAAGCUCCGCAAUAAAAUGCUUGCAAUGUCUGUAUUCUUUCCUUCA